GCAUGUGGCGGGCGCUGGUGGCGGUGCGGCGGCUCCUGUGGCCGGUCGGGGCCGCGGCCGGGGGCGUCCCGCGGGCGGAGCCGCCGCCACCCCGGGCCCCGCCGGGUCGGGGCUGCGCGGCGGCGGGAGGCGGAGCCGGGCCCGGGGCGCUGGGGGCGGCGGCGGCGGAGCGGCGCCAGCCGGCAGAUACUGUUCUUCCAAAGUUCAACAUUGACUUGGCUGUAGCGUUACUGAGGCAAGAAAAUGCUAAAGACAUCUGUGUCAUCCAGCUGUCUCCAGAAAUAAAAUACUGUGAUUAUUUUAUAAUUGUGAGCGGAUUUUCAACACGACAUCUUCACGCAAUGGCAAAUUACAUGCUGAAAAUGUACAAGCAUCUCAAAGAAGAAGGUGGUCCUCAUACUCAGAUUGAAGGAAAAGAGACAGAUGACUGGCUGUGCAUUGAUUUUGGUAACAUAGUGGUGCAUUUCAUGCUGCCAGAGACACGAGAAGUUUAUGAAUUGGAGAAGCUGUGGACUCUUGGUCCCUACGAUGACCAGUUAGCACAGAUGACUCCACAGUCCCUUCCAAAAGACUUCAUAUUUGGACUGACUCCUAACAGCAGUGAUCAUCUUGAAACAAGGACUUAAAGCAGCUACUGCGUGGAGAGAGAAUGAGUGUGCCUGAGUCAUGGAGUCUUGAGAGCUGAGCAGUCAGUACAGUUGAUCAGUACAAAACUGUUACUAUUGGAUUUGCCUAGGUAGAAUUCUGAACAAGCUGAAGUGAGGAAGCUCAUAGAAUCAUUAAGAUUGGAAAAAACCCUUAAGAUAAGAGUCCGACUGUGAAAUGUCAAAGAAGGAAUCCUAUUAGAGCUUCCCAGGGGAUCCACUGUUUUAGUGGAGUUUGCAGUGAGAAGAGCAGGGCAAAGACAUCUGCUUAAGCUGGAACUCAUGCUCAGCCUCUCGAGUAAUUGUUUUUCUAAUAUCUUUGAAAGACACCCUGUAGUGGCAGUGCAAAACAGACUGAAGUGCUGCAAGGAAAAACUGAAAUAGUACAGUUGAGAUGAUGCUUCUUGUGUUAAGCCAUUUGCUUCUGGUCACAAUAAAGCAAGUCGUGGUCUGAAGGGAAAACAGACUGGUGUUACUGAGAACAUAAAAGCCAAGAGCAACAGUGGCGAAUAAAUGUGCUUUGAGUUAUCAGAACAGUAAAUCAGUUUUCCAGACAAGGCAAACCUGGUUUUAAUAAUAAUAAGGCCCCAAACUGAAGUGCUUCAAUUACUUGUUUUCAUGUGAAAGGAUUCAGCUCAUCCUGCAUGUGCAGUUGACUCCUCUCCUAGUUUUUCUCUCACCUACUUUCUGAAAAGGGACACUGAGACAACACACUAUGGCAGUGAAAACCUUCAACUAUUUUAAGUGGGAAAAAAGUUCUAUAGGAAGCCCUUGGUCACUGAGCAUUAUUUGUUGCUAAUAGACUGUUCAGCAGUAUCAGAAAUCAUUGGUCAGUGUGUUCUUAGCAUGACGUAUGUAUGGUCUGAUAACCAGUUAAGGAACUUCAAGGUGAUAACCAACUUGUCUGUGUAAAGACAGGAUGCUUUUCUGUACCACAGGACAGGGGUUUGAUCACUGGAUUAGGAUCUCUUCCUCCUGGAGAAGUUUGCGCUGCCAUGUAUCAGAAAGCAGAAACAGGAGAUCCUGAGGGUAAUCACCUUUUUCUUCCUAUAGCCCCACAAUUACUGCAAGCCCUGUCUGCAUCUCUGCCCUGCACAGCAGUUUCUGUUUGAGCAUUACAAAGUGAGCCUGGUUUUUGUGCCUGUAGUUGUGUUGUUCAGGAAAAAGUGUGUUUGCUUUAAAAAAUCAAAACAAACCAAAACCCA